UUAUGUAAUAUUGUGUAUUUUUAGAAGUAAAAAAUUCAUUAAUAACGUGAUGAAAUGAUUUGGUUUUCGAUAUUUGUUGUAGUUCAUCUCUCAUUUGUACAAGGAGUAAUACCGAAUCCUACAGUUGAAAUUACAGAAGGCACUGCAACAGUGAAUGCAGGCUCUAAUUUACAACUCAACUGUAGCAUUGAAACAGACAUUACUGCUGUCACAUAUAAAUGGUUUAAAGAUAAUAAUCAAGUCCCUGAUGAAAUUUCGCAGACAUUAAAUAUCACUAAUAUUACAAAAGAAGAAGCUGGUGUAUAUUCUUGUACAGCAAAAAAUGGAUCCGGUUCUGAAAUGUCAUCAUCAAAAAAUCAGAGCAUAGUUGUUAAUUACUUGGAAAAUGCAGUAUUGACUAUUUCACCAACAUCGACAACUCUUAAUGAAGGUGACAGUAUCACUUUUAAUUGUACUGUUGUUACAAACUUGAAUCCAGUUUCUUAUUCAUUCCAAAAAGAUGGUAAUGUUAUAACAACAGAUGGUAAUAACGACUUCAUUAUAUCAAAAGCGAUGAAAUCAGAUUCUGCAUUAUAUAAGUGCAAUGUAUCAGCAUCAACAACACCUCCUCUUCCAGUCACGAGUAAUGCUGUAUCACUAACAGUGAAUGAAUUGUUUCGAACUCCCACACUAGCUGCAUCACCAAAUAAUUUAAAUUCUGGUGAAACAUUUACAUUAACAUGUACUACAUCCUCACCAAGAAAUAUUGUGUACAAAUUUCAAAAAGAUACUGUUGACUUUACACAAUUUCAGUCAUCAGCUGUAUACAACAUAACUACUCAAACUUCGGACAGUGGUUCUUACAGAUGUAUUGCACAAGUUAAUAAGGUAGAGAAAGUGUCGUCACAAGUUACUGUUGAAGUGACAUUAAAAGUUUCCAUCACAAUCACACCAACAGUUGAAGGACAAAACAUGAAUAUCACAUGUAAUGUGAAAGGUGGAGAAGAAGCACAAUCUUUUAGUUGGAAGAAAAACAGAGUUUCAGUUACUGAAACAUCUGAAACACUUGUGGUACAGAAUGUGCAACGUUCUAUGAUUGGGAUUAAUUAUAGCUGUAUUGCUACAUCACAAGCUUCCACACAAAGUAACGAAGCUUUUGCGACUUUGUCAAAUGCCAAUAUAUAUUAUAACGCCUCUGAAUUAAUAUUCGCACCUUCUAAUAAAAAUGAAGGUAAAGUUGGUGAAAAAUUCUCAAUGACAUGCUACGCAAGUGACUAUGGAAACCCUCAAGCAACUUUAGCUUGGUAUAGAAAUGGUAUUGCAACUUCUACUGAACAAGGAGGUAAACCUGUUUCAUAUGACAUCGAUCCUGUAACAAGAGACAGCACUGGUGAUUACAUAUGUAAAGCCAAAAACACAGCUGGUGAAGUUGAGAAGACAUUUACUUUUACAAGCAUAGAAAAGCCAGAUUCUCCAACUUUAAAUAUUUCUUCAAAAACGCCAACGUCGAUUACAGUUUUAAUAACACCACCUGCAUACACAGGAUAUAAACCAAUCACAUAUUACAUGUUAGAAUACAAAGGAGAUGGAAAUAAUAUCUCAAAAAAUAUAACAGACCUAACAAACCUGAUGUAUACUAUACCAGCGUUGAAACCAGCAGUAGAUUAUCAACUAAGGGUACAAGCUGUAAAUGUUAUUGGAGCAGGAGAGUUCAGUGAAAUUGUAAUAGCAACAACAGGAGAUGCUUCACCACCACCUCUUGAUAAAGAUUUGCCUGAUCCACCUGCUGAUAGAAUUGAGGAGACUAGCUUUGCGAUAAACAUUUUAAAAUUCAAGGAGACCAAUGGUAAAAUUGCUCAUUAUGACGUAAUUGCAGUAAAACGAACUAAUUCUUUAUACUCUAAAAAUCCUCAAGAUAUAAAGAACAACGAAAUUAAAACUUUUGUUGUUGGACGUCUUUACAAGGUGGUAGACAACCAGUUGUUCACUGUUGGAGGAGGACAGACAAGCAAGCGAAAAAGACGAACACUUGGCAUUCCCAACAAUGGUGAAUUAGAAAAAGACACAACAUAUGUUGUUUUUGUUCGUGCGUACGUUAAUGAAAAUUUAUAUCAAUCGACCAAAUGGUAUACACCAGUUAAAACUGCUGAAAGUAAAACAGAUGAUUGUCAACCAGUAAAAAUUAUCAUUGUUUCGGUUCUCGUAACAUUAGUUAUCACAUUGGUUAUAAUUACUAUCGUGUUGGCAAUUUUAAAACAGAAAGGUUUGAUCAUUGUGAACAAGAAACGUAAUGAAAAACCACAAAACGUUGAAACUGAUGAUUAUGAAGUAGCUGAAACAACUCACUAUGCAGAUCUUAAUAUUCAAGAUAGCAAACCAAGUUUUUACACUGACUUGAAAACCAUAAAAGAUGGUUCAAACGAUUAUGCAGAAAUUGAAUUAAACGAAACGCCGAAAAACAUCUAUGCUAAUGUUAAAAAAUAAACAUAUUUGUUUUCUUCAUAUUAAUAACUGUUCUCUGUCGGGCUUGAAAUCCAUAACAAUCAGACAAAAUGCGAAAAGAAUAAAAAAGUAAUCCGCAGCUUAAAUUUAUAUAGUGUUUAAUCUUGCACAGCCUAAAAAAUGCAGAAAUAUAUCCAAAACUUAGCGGUGUAAGCAAAUGAGCCAAUCAGAAGGCUGCGAUAUAUAUUCUGUUUAAUCAAUGUUGACAGUGAGGUUGUUUUGGAUAUAUGUAGUUGGAUGAUAUGAUGGAUUUCUUUAUUUUUAUUCUUGCAUUUUUUUUUUCUUAAUUUUUUGCACUUUGAAUUGUAAUAUUUCUAAGUUUUAAAGAAAUAAAAUUAGAAACCAUUUUACAA